AUUUCCGAAAACGAAGACGACGAGUCGUUGCAACUCCGCGUCCGGACCAGCAGCAGCAGCGAUGGCCCACGAGCGCGCAGAGAGCAACUACUUCAUCCUCUCGGGCAACUCGCAGCGGUCGCUGGGCGGUGGCCCGUACCUGCGCCAAGAGAGCUCGUUCCGCGACCGGCUCGAGCUCCUCGACGUGCUCGGCGACAACCCGAACGACCCGCUCGGCAGCCAGCGGGGCGUCAACGAGAGCGGGUCCGAGCCGUUUGGCGUCUUUGAUGACGAGUUUUCGAUCGACUUUUGCUGCGAUAUCCUCAAGGCCAAGUUUGGCUUCCAAGACGGCUCGGUCGACAACCAGCGCGAGCACGCGCUGCUUUUGCUCGCCAACUGCAAGGCGCAGCACCGGUCGCACGACUCUGCCAACCACAUUGCGAUCCUGCACAAGAAGCUCGUCGGCAACUAUGUCGAGUGGUGCGCGUUUCUGCAGAUCGACCCGAUCUGGUACGCGGGCGCGGUCAACGACCGCUUCAAGAACCGCAUGCACAUGGAGCUCAUGCUGUACCUCUGCAUCUGGGGCGAGGCCGGCAAUCUGCGGCACAUGCCCGAGUGCAUUUGCUACCUCUACCACCAGAUGAUGACGACGCUCAACGGCGACCUCAACUUUUCGUUCUUGAACCCGCCCAUGUGGUACCUCGAGUCGGUCGUGCGCCCGAUCUGGACGCAGUGCGCGGGCAUGCAGAAGAAGGACGCGCUCGGCAAGCACCUCGAGCACACAAAGGUGCGCAACUACGACGAUCUCAACGAGUUCUUUUGGAAGCCAGCGUGUCUCGCCGUGCCCGUGGACCACGCCGGCGAGGCCCUCUCAACGCACGGCAAGACGUACUACGAGCACCGGUCGAUCUUCACGCUCGUGCUCAACUACUACCGCAUCUUCCACUUCAACUUCAUGUUCCUCUUUGCGCUCGCCGUGCUCCAGUACUGCGUCACGAUCUCGCCAAAGGGCGCCGAGUCGGGCUUUUCGCAGUUUAGCGCCCUCGGCCAAGUGGUCGCGCCGUACUCGACGCGCGAUCUCAAGCUCGCGCUUGUCUUCCUCGUGCUCGCCCACGCGGUCUUGUCGGCGCUCAAGUGUCUUCUCGAGGCCGGCCACGGCUGGCAUCUCCUCUUUGCCGCGACCCCGAGCUCGUCCAAGUCGGUCACGUACGGCGUCGCGCUCUCGCUCCGCUUGCUCUGGAACAGUGCGUUUGCUGGUCUAUUUGUCCGCAUGAUGGUCGAAGGCGCGUCGGUGUCGGGCCCGACGCCGGUCCUCGACUUGCUGCUGCCGCUCGCGCUCGGGUUCCUUGGGCCGUCGUUGCUACUGAUGCUUGCGACGAUUCUGUUGCCGACGCCGGUGCUAACACAGUCGUUUUGGGCCAAGUUUAUCCGCGAGGGCGACUCGUGCUACACGGGCCGCCACAUGACGCCGCCGUGGUCGUACCGGUCGGUGUACAUUGCGUACUGGCUCGUGCUCUGGACGCUCAAGGCCGCGGUGUCGUACUGGAUUCUGAUCACGCCGCUCAUGCUGCCGUCGCUUGCGAUCUACAACAUGCAGCUCACGUACACGACGUCGGUCGUCUCGAUGCGCAACUUUGGCGUGAUUGCAUCGCUGUGGGCGCCUGUCUUCUUCGUCUUUUGCUACGACACGCAGAUCUACUUUACGAUCUUCCAAGCGCUGUACGGCGCGUACAAGGGCGUCCGCAUGCACACGGGCGAGUACCACGGGUUUGCCGAGAUCUCCAAGGCCUUUCGCUUGCUGCCGCAGCUCUUUGACGCCAAGGUCGUGACCAAAGACGCUGUCUUGCUCGACAAUGCGCCGACGUCCGAUGGCCACCGCAAGUCGAUGCUCAUGGCGCGCUUCGUGGUCGUCUGGAACGAAGUGAUCAACUUUUUCCGCGAAGGCGACUUGCUCGACGAUAAGGAAGCGGCCAUCUUCCAGUACGACGUCGCACCGCUCUCGGGCGAGAUUUACGAGCCCGUCUUCCUCUCAGCCGGCAAGCUUGAAGAGGCCAUCGAUACGGUGCUCAAGCUCCAUGCGAAGAAGAAGAGUGCCAAGGCGAGUGACGCCGACGGUGAGCUCCAAGUCGAGCUGCUCUUGCACGACUGCCUCCCAUCCAUCAAGUCGGCAUUUAGCGCCGUCUACUUUGUGCUCGACAUCCUCCUCGACGAGUCGGACGUGCGUAUCUUUGAAGGCCUCGCCGAGAUGGAGCGCAUUGCGGCCGAUGGACGCUUCAUGGCCACGUGCAACGUGCAGCACCUUCUGCAUGUGCGGUCGGCGCUGAUUGCGUUUCUCGAGGCCGUCCUCGACCUGCCGCCGCCAGCCGAGACGUCGAUGGCGUCGCACACGUCCAAGGGCCACCCAAUGCCGCUCAUCCAAGAGUUUACGCACCGGUUUGAGACGCUGUUGCAAGCAUGCGAGAUGCUCUGCCGCGGUGUCCCGGACCUCGCUGCCAAGUUUACCCAUAGCAACUUUACAGCCGCGCGGAACGGCCAUGUGCUCGCGGCCGAAGGCAUGGUGCGCCUCUGCAACGACGACGUUGCACUCUCGAACGCGACGCGCGCGCUCUUGCUCUUGACGCUCAACCCGGCGAACGCGAUGCCCCGCUGCUCGGAAGCCAAGCGCCGGCUCGGGUUCUUUAUGAAGUCGCUGCUCAUGGACAUUCCGCAGCUGGCGUCGGUGCGCGAGAUGAAGUCGUUUUCGGUCAUGACGCCGUUCUACGCCGAGGGCGUGCUCUACUCGAUCAAGGAGCUCCAAGAUCCGCUCGAGAACCACGCGAUCUUUGCGGCCGCCGAAGAAGCCGGCAAGAACCUCACGAUCCUCAAGUACCUCAUCACGAUCCACACGGCCGAGUGGGAAAACUUUAUCGAGCGCAUCAACGUCACGUCGGAAGAAGAGGCGAUCGCCAAGCACCCGCUCGAGCUGCGGCUGUGGGCGUCGUACCGCGGCCAGACGCUCGCCCGGACGGUCCAAGGCAUGAUGCUGUACGAAGACGCGAUCAAGAUGCUGUAUUGGCUCGAGAUUGGGUCGUCGCCGCACAAGACGGGCGAGAUGAAGCAGCGCAUGCUUGACGACAUGGUCAUCCUCAAGUUUUCGUACGUGUGCGCGUGCCAAGUGUACGGCAAGCACAAGGCCGAGAAGAAGGCGCAGGCCGCCGACAUUGACUUCCUGCUCCAGACGUACCCGAACCUGCGCGUGGCCUAUGUCGAUACGGUCACGAAGGACGCGCUCAACUCGUACUAUGCCGUCUUGAUCAAGAGCGAGAACGACCGCAUCGUCGAAGUGUACCGCUACGAGCUGCCGGGUGACCCGAUCCUCGGCGAAGGCAAGCCCGAGAACCAGAACAACGCGCUGCCGUUCACACGCGGCGAGUACCUCCAGACGAUCGACAUGAACCAGCAGCAUUACUUUGAAGAGUGCCUCAAGAUGCCAAAUCUGCUCGUGACGGCCGACUUGCACCCGUCCGGGAAGCCCGUGAGCAUCAUUGGCAUGCGCGAGCACAUUUUCACGGGCAAUGCGUCGUCGCUCUCCAAGUUCAAGUCGUGGCAGGAGCUCGUGUUUGUGACGCUGAGCCAGCGCGUGCUCGCCGACCCGCUCUACGUGCGCAUGCAUUACGGCCACCCCGAUAUCUUUGACAAGGUCAUGUGCCUCACGCGCGGCGGCGUGUCCAAGGCGUCCAAGGGCAUCAACUUGUCGGAAGACGUGUUUGCCGGCUUCAACGCGACCUUGCGCGGCGGUGUGGUCACCCACGUCGAGUUUAUGCAGUGCGGCAAGGGCCGUGACGUGGCGCUCUCGCAGAUCUCGAUGUUUGAAGGCAAACUCGCCAACGGCGCCGGCGAGACGUGCCUCGCGCGCGAGGCCCACCGCAUGGGCGCGUUCCUCGACUUCUUCCGGCUCAACUCGAUGUACUACUCGCACACGGGCUUUUACUUUGCGACGUGGCUCACGAUCGUGACGGCGUUCGUCUUCAUCUACUGCAAGGUGUACCUCGCGCUCACAGGCGUCCAAGCGCAGAUUGUGCUGCAAAUGAACUCGACAGCGAUCAUCAUGCGCAACUCGGACAAGGGCUUUGACACGCGAGCGUUCAACAACCUCGACAACAUUAUCAACACGCAGUACUACAUCCAAGCCGGUCUCUUCCUCACGCUGCCGCUCAUGGCCGUGUACUUUACCGAAGCCGGUCUCCGCCGCGGCUUUCUCCGCUUCUUCAACAUGAUGGUGACCGCGGGCUGGGCGUUCUUUACGUUUCAAGUCGGCACAACGAUGCACUACUUUGACACCAACAUUGUGCACGGCGGCGCCAAGUACCAAGCGACGGGGCGCGGCUUCAAGAUUACGCGCGAGACGUUUGUGUUGCUCUACAAGGCGUACUCGGCGUCGCACUACCGCAAGGCGAUGGAGCUCAUUGGUCUCUCGAUCAUCUACGGCGUGUUUGGCGUGUUUGACAUUUGCCAAAAGACGCCGCAGAGCGCGACCAACACGUUUUCGCAGCAGUUUUGUACGACGGCGCAAGGCUAUGGCACGCAGACGUUUGCGAUUUGGUUCAUUGCGGUCCUCUGGCUCGUCUCGCCGUUCCUCUUCAACACGGACGGCUUUGACUACGAAAAAACCAAGGCCGACAUUGCCGCGUGGGCCCACUGGAUGUUUAUGACGGAAGACGACGUCGACGCCAAGGACAAGGUCAACAAUGGCGGCUGGAUCGGCUGGUGGAAGGACGACGAGAAGCAGUACAUUGGCACCAAGACCAUUUCGCGCGUCACGGUCGUCUUGCGCGAGACGCGUCACUUUUUGCUGCUCUGGUACGUCGUCACGCUCCGGUUCGCGCCAGUGUACCUCGCUGGUGUCCUGGGCGCCGUCGUCGUGACGCUUGCGCUCUUUCAACUCGGCCACACGAGCGGCGGUCUCCGUGCGCGCGGCCACAUCCGUGCUGUUGCCUACGCGCUCCUCGUCACGGUUGCGGUCGUCUUAUACCUACUCGGGACGCUCGUGUACCCGUGGAGUCUUGGCUGGCAGAGCUCGCUGAGCCUCCUCUUUGGGUACCUCGCAGCGCUCUACGGCGUCAACGAGAUGGCGCGCGUGUUUGCGUUUCCCACCAUGUCGAUCGUCAACGUCGGCGUCUUUGUGCAGCUGGCGUUCUUUUGGGACUUUGUCUUUGGCGCGAUCAUGCUCGUGCCACUGGUCGUGCUCUCGGUCAUCCCGUUCAUGAACAUUAUCCAAACGCGCAUGAUGUACAACGAAGGCUUUUCCCAAGUGCUUUCGGACUCGUCACAGUACGCCUUCUCGAUUGCCGGCGUCGUCGGCUUUGUCGGUGCCGGUGCGUGCGGCUGGCUCUACUAUGUGCUCACGACCUUGGCGUCGUCGGCCGGCUUUUUGAGCUACACGUCGGCGUUCCGGAUCGUCUUGGCGAAUGGCAACAACGUGACAGCGUACUUUGUGCUUGGUGGCGCGGCGCUUGGCGCUGGCGCGGCCGGGCUCCUUGGCUGGUACCUUGGCCGUCGGCUCACGAUCGUCGCCGGUGGCUUUGUGUCGUUUGUCGCGAUGAGCAUGCUCACGGCCGUCGCUUCGUUUAGCGGCAGCGCCACGGACCUGCUUCUCGGCGGCCUUGCGCUCUUUGGCGUCUCGAUCGGCGUGCUCUUGCCGACGAUUGCGUGCUACUGCUAUGAAAUCUCGACAAAAGAGAUGCGCGCGCGCAUCAUGCUCCUCCUCUCGGUCGGCUUUGUGCUUGGGAACCUCGCGGCAAGCUACUUCAGCUACGGCACGUCGAUUGUGUGGCUCUGGCAGGCGUUCUGGUGCUUCCUUGUGUUUGCAUGUCUCACGCCGGCCAUCAACUUGCUUCCGGAGAGUCCCGAGUGGGUGCUGGCGCGCCACGGCGAAGAGGCGUGCAAGGCGUGUCUCGUGCUGUUGCGUCGGCGCCAAGAUGUCGCUGCCGAACUCGACGAGCUCCAAGCCAAGCAAGUACACAAGUACAGCGGCACGAACGGCUUGUUCAAGGCCAUCAUGGGCGCGCUCUUUGUGAGCAUCUCGGCCUUCUCGACGCUGCCGUUGUACGUCUACACGGCCCGCGUCUUUACCGGGCUCGCGCGGCCGCUCAUGUUGGCCAACUGCCUCGGCACGGAGCUCCUCUUUGCAUGCCUCUCGUUCUUUUACAUUGAGAAGCUGACGCACAAGCUGCUGCUGCUCAUCACGCUGACGCUCGUCGGCGUUGGCGCGGCGCUGCUCGGUGCGCACGACUUGUUUCAGAUCUUUGGCGUCCAGGACCAGACUGCUCUCCAAGCGCUGCUCAUCACGCUGUUUGCAGUCAAAGGCGCGGGCCUCCCGGCGACGCUGUGGGUCUCGGUCAUUGGUCUCUUCCGCGUCCACGGCCGGUUCAUUGCGGCGCCACUCUUCUUCGCGCUCUUCUUUGGCCUCCAAGCGGUCGCGACAUACCUGCGGAUCGACACGGCGACGACGCGCUCGCGUAGCUCCAAGGAAGCGUACUGGAUGUUUGCGCUCGCGGGCUUGUGUGCGCUCAGUGUCCUCGGGACGGCCGGCCUCGCCCGCCGCGCGAACGGCCUUGUGUGCACCACGUCCGAGAUGGAGUACGAGCUCAAGAUGGCGGCGAUGGCGGCCGAGACGCCGCUGCGGUCGCACAACUCGAGCCGGAACCGCGGCUUUUCACGCCAGACGUCCAAGCGCAUCACGGGCAACCGGACGCUGUCGCCGCGCAAGGCGAGCGGCACGCCGUACCUCCAGGCACAGAGCUUUGACGAACACGCGUCACCCCAGAAGAACGUCGUGUGAGCAUCCGCGUCGUCUGUAGGGUUGUUGACAUAACUACAUUUUGCAUUAUACCAA